AUGAAUGACGAUUAUAAUGAAAACUCUCGUCCACAAUUAGCAGCUGUAGAUUCAACAAUUCCAUACAUUUGUGAAGCGAUUAACGUACUCGAUAUUUCAUCUUGUACGCCUAUGAUUAUUGCUGAUUUUGGAUCGGCUCAUGGACGUAAUUCAUUCAAAUUCUCUUUCGAUUGGUUAUUCAUCCACGUCACUUCAUUAUGGCUUUCACGAAAACCUUGUAAUCUUUCAAAUCAUUGUUCAUCAUUAUUUGCACAAGGUGAUGAACUUCAAGCAUUUCAAGAACAAGCACAUCUUGAUUGGAAUCACUUUCUUCAACAUCGUUCACGUGAAUUAAUCAUCGGAGGUAUAUUGACUCUUGUCAUUCCUGCUGUCGAUGAUCAAGGUUCUAAUGGCUUUGAUAUCAUUCGAGAAAUUCUCUAUCAAUGUGCUCAAUCACUUCUUACUUCACAAGAAUUACUUGAAUAUACUUUGCCCAUAUAUGCGCGAAACUAUUCGGAAUGUAUCAAUGAUGAAUUAUUUGCUCGUUAUAAUUUCAAACGAAUGAAAUCAGAAUUUGGUUCCGUAGCAAUACCUUUCAUUAAACAAUGGCAAGAUAAACAAUUAACAUCUUAUGUUCGUAGUUGGUCAGAUGUAAUUCUUCGACAAACUCUAUUACUGAAUAAUAGAUCAGAUCAAGAUAUUGAACAAAUAGCAAAUCAAUUUUGGAAUUGCUAUGAUCAAGAAAUAACAUCACGUCUGAGUGAAUAUGAACUCUACAGAUCUGGUAGUGCAAAAAAGAAAUGGUUUAAGAAUAAUAGUCAACUGACAUAUACUCAUAUCCUUGGAAACGGUUUUUUCGUAAAUGGUUGA